AUUAAUUAUGAGUGGAAUUAAAGGAAUUGCAAGAGCAAAUUUGAAAUUAGUGGAGCUUGUAUAGAGAGGUUUUUCCAUUUAAGGAAAAAGUACAGAAGAAUAAAUGAUGAACUUUCAAAGAAUUAUUUCAGAACAUAGUAAUUUGAAAUUGUAUUUAAUUAGAUAGAAAACAUGAUAAAUAAUGGCUAUUUCAUGACACAAGAUUAUAUGAAAUUCCAAGACCUUCUAGAUAUAGAGAUCUUUAUGAAAGAGAAUUGAAAAGAAAGAAGGAUAGAAGAACAAUAGCCUUCUUAUGUAAACAUGUUAUGGCUGAAAAGAAUGUUAAAAUACCUAUGAAAUGAGUC